AUGGAGAUGGAUUUUCUCACUAUUACCUGUGGCCUACUGUUUGCCUUGACAUUGAUUCAAGCCCUUCUCUCACUAUCCAGAGGAGGAAAAAACAAGAAGCUUCCUCCAGGACCGGCGCCGUUGCCGAUCAUCGGAAACCUAAACAAACUUGGUGACCAACCCCACAAAUCCCUGGCCGAGCUCUCCAAAGUCCAUGGCCCAAUAAUGUCUCUCAAACUAGGCCACAUUACCACAGUGGUCAUUUCUUCAGCAGCCACGGCCAAAGAAGUCCUUCAAAAACAAGACUUAGCCUUCUCUAGCCGAUCAGUCCCAGACGCCCUCCACGCCCACAACCAGUUCCAAUUCUCCGUUGUUUGGCUUCCGGUCGCCACCCGGUGGCGAAGCCUCCGGAAAAUUCUCAACUCCAACAUUUUUUCUUGCAACAGGCUUGAUGCCAACCAGCAUCUCCGGUGCAGGAAGGUCCAGGAGCUCGUAUCAUACUGCCGGAAAAAUUCUCAGACCGGUGAGGCGGUGGACAUGGGCCGCGCCGCCUUCAGGACUUCAUUGAAUUUGCUGUCGAACACCAUUUUUUCAAAGGAUUUGACAGACCCAUAUAAUGAUACAGCUAAAGAGUUCAAGGACUUGGUGUGGAACAUCAUGGUGGAGGCUGGUAAACCUAAUUUGGUUGAUUUCUUUCCUGUGUUGAAGAAGAUUGAUCCACAGGGUAUCAGGCGACGAAUGACUGCUCAUUUCGGGAAGGUACUUAACAUGUUUAAUGGUUUGAUCAACGAAAGAUUGGAUAUAAGGAAAAUGCAGAAGACUGGAAAUGGUGAUGUGUUGGAUGUGCUGCUCAAUACCAGUCAAGAGAACCCUGACGAGAUCGAUAGAACCCAUAUCGAGCGCAUGUGCCUG